AUGGAUGAACCAGUGGUAAUCACGCUUAGCCGUCCAGAGGUAUACGUAAACCAUAUAUCGUUCGGUGGAAGAGAUGCAGUAGCAGCCACACUGAGCAACGACUUCAUUCAUCUCGUGGACUUAGAAGCAAGAAAGUCAAAGCAGACUCUAGAUGUUGCUAAGAGGGUUGUCGGGAUCCACUUCGAUCUGACGGGAAGCCCAGUUCUCCGAGCUGUUGACGAUUCCUUCGGUAUCCACUUGUUCGACAUUCGAGCUGGUUCAAAAAAGAAGUCUAGGGUCAAUCCGUUGAUGGAGAAUCAUCAAGUUGUUUGUUCAGCUUGCUCUGACCAGUACAUUGCGUUAGGAAGCUCUACCUUCUUACUAGAAGAUGAAACAAAGAAAAAGGCGAAGAAAACGGAAACAAGUGAUGAUGAUGAGGAUGAAGUUGAAGAGAACGAAGAUGAGGUCAACCCAACCUUGAACCCACAUGUUAUAUCUGUUUUUGACCUCAGGAAAUGUACCGAUCCUGUACUGACCAUUAAGGAAUCUCAUUCUGACUCCAUCAACACGAUGGCGUUCAUGAGAGAUGGACAACACCUCAUAUCAGGUGGAUCGGAUGGAUUGCUCAACAUAUUCAACACCUCUUGUUCAAAAGAAGAUCAAGCUUUGCAGAGUACUUGCUCGGUCGGUCCAUCCAUAAAUCGCGUGGGAUGUUUGUCGAAACGGCUCAUUUAUGCUUGUACCGACGACAACAAAUGUUCGGUCUUCGUUCCAAAUGCUCCUGAUGAUGUGGACUACCUAUUCAUGCGAAACGGGACCGAAGGACGGUUUUUAGUAGACGCACUGAAGGGUGGCGUUGAUGAGCGACCCGUUGCGCUGAUUGAGUGUGACGCUGAAGGCACACUUUAUGUCCGCACGGUGUCAAAAGAUGGCAAACACUCUGAAGUUGUUAUGGAAUGGAAAGGUCACACAGACAUCGUACGCAGCGCCGCCUUCAAUAACCGUGUUUUGGUCACGGGAGGAGAGGACGGGAAGAUAGUUGUGAAGACUGUCGAUUUGAGGCCUGAAGGAGGUAAAUUAGAAAGGAAGAAGGAGGCAAAGGAAGAUGUGAAGAAUAUUUCCGAGAAAGUCAAAGAGAAAAAGGAGAAGAAAAAUCGGAAAAGCGGGAAUCCUUAUUAA